AUGCUUUCAUUAAGAAGGCUGUUGGUAUAUAAACCGUCAUUUAUUAUCAAAUCACAGUAUCAUUUUUCACCUCGUAUUUUGAAAGAUCAAAUUUUAGAAAAUGGUACUCAUUUUGGUUUUAAAAAGGUCCCAGAAUCUCAGAAAGAAAACCUUGUUCAUAAUGUUUUUACUUCUAUUGCAUCUUCAUAUGAUUUAAUGAAUGAUAUCAUGUCUUUAGGUAUUCAUAGACUUUGGAAGGAUGAAUUCGUUCAGAGGCUAGAUCCAGGCUCAUUAAAUGAAGAACCAAUGCAUCUUUUAGAUGUUGCGGGGGGGACAGGAGAUAUUGCAUUUCGUUUGUUAGAUUAUGCUACCGAUGUUCAUUUUGAUACACAAACAAGGGUAAAAUGUGUAGAUAUAAAUCCUGAUAUGAUAGAGAUCGGGAAAAAAAGGCUUGAAAAUAGUCGUUACAGAUAUUCCAAAAGGAUAGACUUUUUCAUACAAAAUGCAGAAAAUUUGACGGAUAUUGCAUCAUCAUCUAUAAAUAUCUAUACAAUUGCAUUUGGUAUUAGAAAUUGUACAAGAAUUAUGGAUGUUCUGAAAGAGGCAUAUCGUGUAUUAAAACCUGGAGGAGUUUUUAGCUGUUUGGAAUUUUCAAGGAUAUCUUUAAAGCCUUUAGAAUCACUAUAUAAUUAUUAUUUAUUCAAUAUUAUUCCAAUUAUGGGUGAAGUUGUAGUAGGAAAUAGAGAUAGUUAUCAAUAUCUUGCCGAAUCAAUUGUAAAACAUCCUGAUCAAAAAACAUUUUCCAAGAUGAUGGAAAGCGCAGGGUUUAAGUUGAUAGGUAAUGGAUAUCACAAUCUUUCCUUUGGGAUUGUUGCUAUACAUACAGGCAUUAAACCGCGAUAAAUUUAUAGAAUAAAUGACAAAUAUUUCAAAUUCUUGAAUAAUUUUUUAAACACUUAUCUAGCUAGAUUAAAAUUAAAGGGUUUUAGUAUAUUUAUCAAUAUAUUCUUCUAAUUUUUCAGAGGGAAUUACAGCAUAUCUCAAAUCGCAUAAUACCUCAUCAGGUAAUGAAAGAAGUGUAGUAUUUUUUGUCACAGUUGAUGUUUCUUUUAGCAGUGCGUAGAAGUCUUGUUCUUUCUUUUUACUAUCAUAUUUCAUUUCUAUU